AAAAGACAGCAGAGUUUCAUACAGGACCGCAGUAUCGAACACUCGCUUUAUUAUGGAGGAACUUCAAAGGAAACUUAGUCAGAGAUAUGAAGACAAGCCAAAGAAAGUAAGAUUCAAAAUAUCUUCUUCUUACAGUGGCAGAGUUUUGAAACAAGUCUAUGAAGAUGGGCAGGAGUUGGAGAGUCCAGAGGUGGCAUAUCCACACAGUUUUAUACAUGGGAAAUUUCCCAAGCAUAUGGAGGGUGAACUGAUGUGUAAUUUUGCAGAGCUACAGGAUCAAGGAUUUUAUUCACCAACCACCUUAACAGCCCAGAGAAUCAAUGUUUUCAGAGAUGGGAAUAAGUACCAUCUUGCUGGAGGAUCAUCUCUAUUCAAUGACUUCACCCCAGCGGAUUCUAAACCUUCCCCUGUUUUAGACUUUGGCAAGAUAAUCAUCUAUACCAGCAAUCUGAGAAUAAUCAGAACUUCUCAGGGGAAGAAGGAAUUAGCAAACAGGUUUAUUCACAACCGGGACGGAAGUGAUGGUUACUCCAUAACACCUGCAGGGGAGAACGGAGCGCAGAACCCCACCCAGCGGGAGCCUGCAGAGGAUCAGAACGCAAAACCUGCAAACGCUCUGGAGGGGGUCUCAGAGUCUGGCUGUCUGCAGUGUGGAGGAUCUGGCUGUGCCCCCUGCUCGCUGUGCCAUGGAAGCAAACUGUCGAUGCUAGCCAACCGCUUCAAGGAGUCAAUUAGGGCUUUACGCUGUCCUGCCUGCAAUGCAAAUGGCUUGCAGCCCUGCCAGGCCUGUACACACAGCAACAGCAACAGCAUCUGACUCAGACCAUACAUUCCAUUGGGAAAUGCUUUGCUAAUAUCUGAAAACCAAACAAAAUCCUCUGGUUAGGAGUGUCCCGUGGAGAAAAGGUAUCAAAUGAAUAAAGAUCAUGGCAAAUAAAAGACGAAGCUAGCUGUCUGCUUGCUGUCAGUUUAAUAAAAUGUCUGUCUUGAGUAAUGAGGCAUGUCUUGCCAUGCAUGACACACAACCCACUGAAGGCUAAAGACUUAAGAACCAAUAAAAAUAACAUGGUUUUCAGUGCUUUGAAUACGGGGUCUUACACAGUAGCAAUGUCUGUUGUCAUUUCCAAUUGCAAGGAGACUCAGAGCUCAGCUGGUUUUCAACUGGUCAUGCUGGUUUAAGAAAAA